CCUCUACGUCACGUUCGGCACCUGCUGUCAUAUCGGAGGAAAGAUGGCGUCGUCAGGGACAGCGAGCCUCUUUCUCCAGCGGAUUCCCGGGUCCAUGACCGUGUUUCUGGCCGUGUUCAGUGUUCUCAUCACGGUUCAGUGCCAUGAGCAGGUCCCGGUCAUCAUAUGGACGAGUGAAGGGGUCUCCAUCCCUCAGCAGGCUCUGCCCACUGCAGGUCACAUCGUUGGGCACCAGCAGCUGGCCUCCUACCUGGACAAGGCUCUGAACGUCGGGCCCCGAAACGUGGUGCUGUUCCUUCAGGAUAAGAUGAGUAUCGAGGAUUUUACCAUGUAUGGAGGAGCCUUUGGAAACAAGCAAGAUGGUGUUUUUCCUAACCUUGAGGGAGCGCUUCAGGCCUCUUCUUCUUCUCUGGUUCUUCCUGCUGUGUCUUGGCCCGCCUCCAACGCUGUGAUUGGUCAGCUGCAGGACCAAUUAGAAACGUCCCCUCUGUACAUGGACCCGGAGACGCUGAGCCAGCUGAGACUGAACGCCUCGUCUCCGGCUCUGCUGGUCUUCAGGCUGCCGUACGGGACCGGGUCAGAUCUGCUGUCUGCUAAAGAGAUUCUCAGUGGAAACGAUGAGGUCAUGGGUCAGGUGAUGAGCAUCAUGAAGUCCCAGUCCGUCCCCUUCACGGCCGUUUAUACCGGCCUGCAGCCCUUCAGGAAGGAAGCGGCGUCCAGGUCUCUGGAGACGGGUCUUGGUGGAGGACGCUCCCUGCUGCAGUCCAGAGGCGGAUACAGGGACCGGUGGAGGGACCGGGAGCGCCAGCAGCGCGUCAAGGAGCAGCCCGGAGUUUACCCUCCUGUGGAGUUUAAGGAGGACGACAAAACAUGCAUGAUGCUGUGGGCCAAAGGCCUGACGGUGAGCAUUCUGCGGAACAACCGCUGGGAGGAGCACGACCUGACGCCGGCCACCUUCGGUGAGGGAGUUAGCCCCAAGCUGCACGGCUCCGACUGCGACAAGAGCAAAUCGAGGUUGGUUCUGAACUAUGAGAACGUCCUCGGCCACCGCAGCUUCAAGCUGAUCUUCGUCAUGAGCCAGCGCCAUUACACGGUGUCGGCGCGCCGCUGGUUCACUCUGGACGCCGUGGAGCUGGAGUACGACGGCACCAAAGCCACGUUCAACGGCAGCAGGAACAUCUACGCCCCGGCUGAAUACUCCUACCACUGCAAGUCCGUCAGCAGCUUCCGCUGGCCGCUGCUCGUCCCGCGCUCCGCCAAAGACCCGGCCAACCAGUGGAGGGUCUCCUUCGACGACUUUCAGAUCCAGGGCUUCAGCCUGAGCGGCAGCGAGUUCUCGUACGCCAGCGACUGCGCUGGGUUCUUCUCGGCGGGGAUCUGGAUGGGCCUGCUGACCAGCCUGCUCAUGGUUCUGGUUCUGACCUACGGCCUGCACAUGAUCAUGCAGCUGCUCACCAUGGACCGCUUCGACGACCCCAAAGGCCCCGGCAUCUCCGUGCCCCAGACGGAGUGACGCAGUCCUC